UGUAAAAAUAAAAAAAAUAAAAGAAAAAGGAAAAGAAAGAAAACAAAAACCGUAACACUUUGACCACGAAUUAACUGAAUCGCAAAUCCCACGCAUACUUUACUUAUAUUAUAAUAUACAUAAGAAUCCUACGUUUUCGUUAACUAAUCAGACUCGCUUUAGUUUUAAUGCAUAGAUAGGUACUAAUUAUUUUUUAAUGAAAACAAAAACAAUCAUCGUGAAUGAAAAUUAUAUUUACUAAACAUUCUCAUCAAUAUCUGUUUCUUCUUUCUAUAAAUCUUAAUUAAUUAACAUCAUUAUUACUCUUAAUAUGUCCAAAUUCAAUCCGUACAGUCACCUCAACAUAACUCGAAACCCAGACGGCACACUAACCCGACUCGACAGCCCCACGAUCGAAUCGCACCCGAAUCCCUUGCCGGGUCAGGCGGUAGUAUCCAAGGACGUAACCAUCAACACCCAGACCCGAACCUGGGUCCGCCUCUACCGCCCAACCAGGCUUCCCUCUAACGACAACGCCGUCGCAAGGCUACCCAUCGUCAUAUACUUCCAUCACGGUGGUUGGAUUCUCCUAAGCGCAGCCGACACCGCCGCCCACCGAAACUGUUCCCAAAUUGCCAGUGAGAUCCCGGCGAUCGUGGUUUCCGUCAACUACCGGUUGGCUCCGGAGAGCCGUCUCCCGGAGCAAUACCACGACGGGUCCGACGCCGUCUCCUGGGUCGACCGCCAGGCGUCCGGGCCGGAAGGAGAGCCGUGGCUCAAAGAUUACGGCGACUUCUCUCGGUGCUACCUUUAUGGGUGUGGGUGCGGGGGUAAUAUCGUCUUUUUUGUGGGUUUAAGAGUGAAGGAGAUGGAGUUGCAGAGGUUGAAAAUGGCGGGGAUUGUAAUGAACCAGCCAAUGUUCGGAGGUGUUGAGAGAACGGAGUCGGAAUUGAAUUUCGCGACGGAUCAGCUAUUGCCUUUGCCUGUUUUAGAUCUGAUGUGGGACUUGGUUUUGCCUAAAGGCGUUGACCGGGACCACUGGUAUUGUAAUCCAAUGGCUGACGAUGGUCAAAAGGAGUUGAUCAAACGGCUGGGGAGGUGUCUCGUGAUUGGGUUCGGUGGGGACCCCAUGGUCGAUCGGCAAAACCAAUUGGUGACGUUGUUGGUCACGUGCGGUGUACAAGUGGACGCGCAUUUUGACGAUGUGGGAUUCCAUAACGUUGACUUUGUUGACCGCCGCCGUGCCGCGGCUGUUUUCAGCAUUGUUAAAGGCUUUAUAUUUUAAUGAGUAAACUGGAUUAUUGCCCAUUCCCCAUAAAUUUUUUCUAAAAAAUUUUCUCAAAUUAUGCAAAUUGUUGUAAAAUAUUUACAUUCUGUUUAUUUUUUAAAAUAAUUUAUUUAUGUGAUUAUGAGUGAGUGAGUUAGUACAAAAACUUAUUCAAUAAAAAGUAGCUCUAAUAAUAUAAAUAUACUCUUAUAAUUUAUUAUUGGAUUAUUAUUUAUGUAUUUAUUUUUUAUCAAAAUUCUAUAAUUAGACUAGAUUAACUUUAUAUUAGUGUUAUAUUAAAAAUUAUUUAAAUAAAUUAGCAUAAUGCAACUACAAAAGAAUAUCCGCAACAAUAUAAUUCAAGAAGAAUUUUGUAAAAACAAAAAAUUUAGGCCAAAAAUCUUACUUAAAAGAGAAAAAUCCUAUUUAUUCUUUUCAAAUUAAUUAAGGAUUAUUUACACUAUUUGUGUUAGGGGUGUUCAUCCAAUCCAAUCCGCACUAUUUUGCUCAUAGUACAUCUGAUUCGUACUAAGUGCGGAUUUCAUUUUUUUUUUAUCCAAUCCAAUCCGCACAAUAGUUCAAAUCAAAUCUAAUCCAAUCCGCAAAAGUGCGGAUUGGAUCGGUUAUUUUAGAUUGGUUACUUUUUAAUAUGAAAUUAUUUAAUAUUUAUGAAAAAAAAAUAUUUUUUUUUUCACAUAAC